GCUCGUUUUGGGACUCUCUCAGAUUACUUCCAGGCUCUCCAGAAGGUGUUACCGGUCUCGUCUCUGCCGACGGUCCGCGGAGACUUCUUCACGUACGCCGACCGAGACGACCACUACUGGAGCGGAUACUUCACGUCCAGACCGUUCUACAAGAGGCUGGACCGCACGCUGGAGGCCACGCUACGAGCGACGGAGAUCCUGUACAGCCUGACUCUGGCUGCGAUGCGUUCCCAUGGCGACGGUCGCCUGGCGACAGGGUUCCCGGCGCGGGAUCACUUCCUGCUUCUGACGGCUGGGAGGCGGGGCUUAGCGCUGUUCCAGCAUCACGACGCUGUCACCGGCACCGCCAGAGACCCCGUCGUCAUGGACUACGGAAACAGAUUGUUGGAGUCCAUCCAGAAGCUCCGGAAGGUUCUGGAGAGCUCCGCCCACUGGCUGCUCCUAUUGGACAAGAGCCAGUACCACCACGACCAAUCAAAGCCCUUCCUGCUCACGGACGACGUGAUGUCGGCGCAGGACGCCCUGCCGCAGAAGACCAAGAUAACGCUGAGCGAGGAGCCCAGGAUAUUGAUCGUCUAUAACCCGACGGAGCAGAUCCGAUCGUCCGUUGUUAGCGUCGUCAUCGACUCUCCGGACGCUCGAGUCAUCGAUGCAGAAACUGGUCGACCAAUGGCUGCGCAGAUCUCUGCGGUGUGGGCGGAGCCAAGCCGGGCGUCCACAGACAGCUUUCAGCUGGACUUCCUGUCUGAACUCCCUCCUCUCUCAUUGGUCGUGUACCAUGUGACCCGAUCCUCUUCUGGCUCCGCCCCCCGGGCUCGAUACACCUUCCAUCGCCGCGGGAACCCUCCGACCAUUCACAGCGAGCACUUCCAGAUGUCCCACCCCCAGGGCCCCGAGGCCGACGCCUCCCUGUCGCUUAGCAACAAGCACGUCCAAAUAUGGAGCUCCCCGGAAACAGGCCUGAUGCAGAAGCUGCGUCUGCGCGAGGGCUCUGAGCGCCGGGUCCAGGUCCACUUCCUGUGGUACGGAACCAGAACCGGAGCCAACCGGGACAAGAGCGGAGCGUACCUGUUCCUGCCGGGAGAGGAGGGGGCCCAGGUGUACUCCUUUUCAGAACCGCCCCUGGUCCGGGUCUCAAGAGGACCGCUGUACUCUGACAUCACUUCCUGUCUGCCUCACGUGACCCACACCGUGAGGCUGUACCACCUGGAAGGGCAUGCUGGGAGAUCCCUGGAGAUUUCCAACAUGGUGGACAUCCGGUCUCAGGUGAACCGCGAGCUCGUGAUGCGGAUCGUCACCGACGUCGCCAGCGGCAACCAUUUCCAUAGCGACCUCAACAGCUUCCAGAUGCAGCAGCGUCGGACCCUCUCUAAACUCCCGCUGCAGGCUAACUUCUACCCGAUGACCUCAGCAGCGUUUCUGCAGGACGCCGAGACCCGAAUCACCGUCCUGUCGGCCCAGAGUCAGGGGGUCGCAUCCCUCAAACCAGGUGAGCUGGAGCUGGUGUUGGACCGGCGGCUGCAGCAGGACGAUAACAGAGGCCUCGGUCAGGGAGUGACGGACAACAAGAGGACAUCCAGUCUGUACCACCUGCUGCUGGAGGAGAGGAGGGGGGGACAGGAAGUGGGCGGGGCUUCAGUUGAAUACCUGUCGCUGCUCGCCCACCUGACCUCGCUCUCCCUCUCCCACCCGCCAAUCACCAUGGUUGCCCCGGGCGACGUCCAGUUGCCUAAGCUCCGCCCCUUCCUGCCGCUGCGCUCCUCUCUGCCGUGUGACCUUCACCUGCUGAACCUGCGCACGCUGGAGGACCCGCAGGAAGCAGGAGCUCCGUCACAGGAAGUGGCGCUGCUGCUCCACAGGAAGGGCUUCGACUGUAGCUCCGCCCCCGAGCCGGCGCUACAGUGCACGUGGAGCGCGCACGAGGAGGUGGAUCUUGCCGCUGUGUUCGCUCCGCUCCGCUUCUCCGCGCUGCGCCGCUCUGGCCUCACCAUGCUGCGGCACGACGACGAGCCCCAAUCUGCCCGGCAACAGCAGACACGCCUCCUCAUCCUGCGACCAAUGGAAAUCAGCGCUUUCCGGGUGGAGAUCCAAUGAAACAUCAGUAUACAGUUAGAUAUCCUCCCAAACAACACGAAGCAGAGACAGGAACACGUCAGACAUCAACAACACGUCAGACAUCAACAACACGUCAGACAUCAACAACACGUCAGACAUCAACAACACGUCAGACAUCAACAACACGUCAGACAUCAACAACACGUCAGACAUCAACAACACGUCAGACAUCAACAACACGUCAGACAUGCAGAUUAGGGAGUUCAGUCACAGAUAAGGAAAUAACUCCAUGAUAUGAAGAAAGGCAAUUCAACUGAAAAUAUAUAAACAGACUUUUAAUCAGGAAUUAAAGGGAAAAUUAGAUAUAAAUAUAUAUACUAAAUAAAAAAAGGGAAAGCAGUUUAUUUUAUUUAAUGGAAAUAUUCUUUCACCAGAAAAACAGGUCAGUCUGAAGGUCAGAGGAAACACUGAAGUCUACCCUAACACUAAGGGUGUGUGUGUGUGUGUGUGUGUGUGUGUGUGUGUGUGUGUGCGACUGUGUGUGUGCGACUGUGUGUGUGCGACUGUGUGUGUGUGUGUGUGUGUGUAAUUAACUGUGAAAGGGACACUUUGGGAAAGUAAUGAAUCUUCUGGGUAUUUUUAUAAUUUAGAAAGUAUAUAUUUUCUCUACACAGGUAUAUUAAUGACUAAUGAAGUAUUUAAAAGUGAAGAUUUUUCUUUUGGGACAGAUUUCUGGUUUUAUUUUGAAAUAAAUUAUUUUGAAAUGUU